AUGGGAUUUAGCAGACAAGUGACGACUGUUGACACGGCAUUGGUGAAGCCCAAGAUGUUGGAUAAUGAAAAAAUGCAGUCCGGUGCCAAAUUCCAGCCUUCGACUUCAAAAUUCAGACGUUGGGGGAGGGUAUCACCAUUCGUCAGAUAUGGUCUUCCUAUGAUCUCACUCACUGUUCUUGGAGCUCUUGGACUCGGCCACCUACUACAGGGAAGCAAGGAUAUAGCUAAAGUGAAGGAUGACCAAGAAUGGGAGAUUAUUGAGUCAAAAAAGGCUCUAUCCAGAAUGGGACCUGUUGACGCCUAUAAACCUAAAAAAAUUUCGCUGCAUGAAGAGCUUAAGGCUUUGCAAGAAAAGCUUGACGUAGAUAAUUAUGAAUACAAGAAAAUUCCGAGGCCCAAAGAGGGCAAAUGA